CCGUCCUCCUGUCACGGCGGCUUCGCCUUCAUGCUCCAGGAACAUGUGACAAAAGGAGGGCCGUUCUAGUCCUAUGCGGGCGAGCCUUCAGUGCGCAUGCGUAGAUCGGCCGGCGGGGCGUGACCCUUUGCUAGCGUGCGCAUGCACCUGUCGAAAAGCUCGGGUAAGAGGGCUCCUGCGCUGGCUCAGGCGGCGGCUGUGUGCGCAUGUGCGAAGUGGGCGUUCUCCGUGGGAGAGGAAGGAAAAGACCAAGGGAAGAGAAUCCAAAGAGAAUCUACUCGAUUGGUCUUUUGGUAAGCGUCAGUUCUGUGUUGUGUCUCUUGCAGCAAUAACCAUGGACAGCAGCAGCAGAAUUGAGUGCAUCUUCUUCAGUGAAUUCCACCCAACGCUGGGGCCUAAAAUAACCUACCAGGUCCCAGAGGAUUUCAUAUCCCGAGAACUCUUUGACACAGUCCAGGUGUACAUCAUCACUAAACCCGAGCUGCAGAACAAGCUCAUCACAGUGACUGCUAUGGAGAAGAAGCUGAUUGGCUGCCCGGUUUGUAUCGAGCACAAAAAAUACAGCCGGAAUGCUCUGCUCUUCAAUCUGGGCUUUGUUUGUGAUGCUAGAGCCAAGACUUGUGCAUUGGAACCCAUUGUGAAGAAACUGGCUGGCUAUCUCACCACCUUAGAGCUGGAAAGUGGCUUCAUCUCCAAUGAAGAGAGUAAACAAAAGCUGGUGCCAAUAAUGACUAUCCUCCUGGAGGAACUCAACGCCACUGGGAAAUGUACCUUGCCAAUAGAUGAAUCGAACACCAUUCACCUGAAAGUGAUCGAGCAGCGGCCAGACCCUCCGAUUGUGCAAGAGUACGAUGUGCCUGUCUUCACCCUGGACAAGGAUGAUUUCUUCAAUGCCCAGUGGGAUCUCACCACUCAACAGAUCCUGCCAUACAUUGAUGGAUUUCGACACAUCCAGAAAAUCUCUGCUGAAGCUGACGUGGAGCUCAAUUUGGUGCGAAUUGCUAUCCAGAACCUGCUAUACUAUGGGGUGGUGACUCUGGUCUCCAUACUUCAGUACUCAAAUGUAUACUGUACCACACCUAAAGUCCAGGAUCUGGUGGAUGAUAAAUGCCUCCAAGAAGAAUGUCUCUCUUAUGUCACCAAGCAAGGUCAUAAGCGAGCCAGUCUGAGAGACGUCUUCCAGCUCUACUGUGGGCUGAGCCCCGGCACGACGGUGCGAGACCUCAUCUGCCGCUACACCCUGCAGCUCCAGAGAGUGGAUGAAAGGAAGCUCGUCCAGUUUGGUUUGAUGAAGGGCCUCAUCAGACGGCUCCAGAAGUAUCCUGUGAAGAUAGUGCGGGAUGAGAAAAGUCACCCAGCCCGGCUGUACACAGGCUGCCACAGCUAUGAUGAGAUCUGCUGUAAAACAGGCAUGAGCUACCGAGAGCUGGAUGAGAGACUGGAGAAUGAUCCCAACAUCAUUGUUUGCUGGAAGUGAAUUUCUCUUGGGGAAGUACCAGCAGCACCGCAGAGAAAAGAACACUGGAAAAGGAUGGCUGAGCUGUCCACAUCUCGGAGAUGGAUCUGAGACCCCCGACUGUGGCUCUUUCAAGUGACUUGGCUCCUCUAGUGGAGAGUGUGUUGCGUAUGUCAGCCUAACGCUGCUUGGAGAAAGAGAUUGAACUCGGGUCGGAUGUCUUUGCAUUCCUCCACGAUGGCAAAGCAUAGGUCCCACGUCUCAGUGCAAAGCAAACAGUGCGUGCUGGCCAGUUGCUUUUUGCCAUGUGCUGUUGAAAUGAUUGGUUCCACGGUGUCUGUGCCGGCCUUCCUGCUGCCAGUCUAGGUCACAUAGAAACACUGUCAUAGCUCUAUUGGGGAUUGUUGGAGGGGGUCCACUUGCUGCACAUAGAAUCUACAUGUGGAACACCUGAGUCAUUGUAUUAAAAGGGAAGGGGGCUGGUUUCCUUUCUACUCUCAGAAGCACUGAUAAUUUUGCCCCAUCUAUUUCUUCUCCAGCCUCCCAGGAUUUGCAGCUGGGAAUGAAACACCUAUUCUUUCUCUUCUGUGGAUCUAGCAGCAGAGGGUGCUGUAGGAGUGCAGUAGCCAGGUUAGGUAAAGGGAGGCUGGGGGCUGAGUGAGUGAAUCAUCAUAAAACUGUUCAAAUUGCA